AAAUGUCACAACGACCGUAGGUUUGUUUACAAGCAAAACGAAAUCAAAUACACAAAUCCAGUAAAACGCACAAAAAAAGCAAUGCCGGACGCUAGAGACGCUGUGGGAAACACGCGCAAAUUUCUCAAAUCACGCCUUCUCACCGAUCGUGCUUCGUUUCACGGUUUCGAAGCGGAAAGGCAAAAUAUUCACGAUCUGCUAGAGCGCACCGCAGAACAUGGUGAAUCGAACAGCGCGUUACUGUUGGGCCCGAGAGGAAUCGGAAAGACUACCCUCAUAACAUCCGUGUUGGCCGAGCUGCUUGCUACAAAAACGUUCCACCGCAACAGCUUGAUCGUGUAUCUGAACGGAUUGAUUCACAUCGACGAUCGUCUAGCCCUGAAAUCUGCAACCGCACAAAUGAAUCUCGAAAAUGCCGUGGACGGAAAGGUGUUUGGAUCAUUUGCGGAAAAUUUAGCCUUCUUACUCGAGUGUCUCAAGGCGGGUGAUAGGAAGAAAUCGAAAAGUGUCAUCUUCCUGCUGGAAGAAUUUGAUCUGUUCUGCUCGCAUCACAACCAAACGUUGCUGUACAACUUGUUCGAUGUUGCACAGUCCGCCCAGGCACCGAUCUGUGUGCUUGGCAUUACGGCACGGUUGGAUGUGGUCGAGUUGCUGGAAAAACGUGUUAAAUCACGCUUCUCUCAUCGGCAAAUAUUUCUCCUCCCGAAUGAAGAUGAUUUCGAUGGACGUUUGGAAUUGUUUGAAAGUCUGCUAAAGCUUCCCACCGAGCAGGAGUUGCGCAAGUUUGACGCCGAACAUCCAUCCAUUCCAGAUGAGGCACUUAACAAUGAGGAAUUCACACUGCUGCGCAAUCUGUUUAAUCCGAGACAGUUUAGCUUUGAAUCGAAAUGGGUUACGCAAUGGAAUCGACAAAUCGAUAAGCUUGUGAAAAAUGAUAAUGUACAAACGGUGCUGCGUCGGAUGUAUGAAUACGAUGUACUAGAAGGACCCUUUCGAACGCUCCUGUUUGAGCUGGUUGACGAGCUGGAUGAGGAACAUCCCAGUAUUACCGUUGAAUCAAUUCAGCAACUAGGAGAGAACUAUGAGUCGGACGAUAAAGUGAAACUGCUUUCGGGACUAUCAGUGCUCGAGAUGUGUCUGAUCAUUGCAAUGAAGCACCAUUCGGAGAUUUAUGAUCGAGAACCAUUUAACUUUGAGAUGAUUCUUACACGCUUUGCAAAGUGGGCCAACAGUAGCUCGAGCAUGAAAGGGAUCGAGCGACCAGUUGUGUUGAAAGCAUUCGAACACUUGAAACAGCUGGAAUUUAUCGCACUGGCAACGGGUGGAAGCUUAUCGAAGGUACAGAAGGAAUACCAGAUUCAUCGAUUGCUGCUAACGCACGGACAAAUACAUCAGGCGGUCCAGCGUACACAGCUUUUGCCAACCGAAGUCAGCCAGUGGGAACAGAGUUCGCUCGUAAAUUGAUAGCAACAAUGGAGACGCCUGGCAUGUCGUAGGACUAGAAUUAAGUAAAGUAUGUAAGUAACUGAAAACAAAUUAAGUAAGUAGAUUUCUAUUUUUACUAUCUAUGUCUAAAUUGUUUCAAAAGGUAUUAACUCACUAUA